GGGAUGUGUUUUGGAGAGUUCUGUUCUCAGCACAGCCAAGCCCAGCUCUCCUACAAUGAUUUCUCUUUCUACUCCUGCUUGUGACACAGGGCAGCAGUUUCCUGCAGUGCACCUCUCGCAUAGUAAAUCUGAUGUACAUCCGGGACAGUGUAAACACUGAUGACUCGAAAAAGGCUCUCAGUGGGAGAGGGGUAGAGAGGAGUCGGUUAUCUAAUAGAACUUUGCGCUGGCUGCUCCUGCCGCUGCUAACGACGAUACUCCUAUAUUCCCUUUCUGGGCUCAGGAACAUUUAGGGCGACAGGAGGAAGGAAUAACCAGAGCAGGGCUUUGAAUCAUAUGCCUAACCUAUCGACCCAGCUGAGCACACCUCCUCUCCUCUGUGAAUGCACUCACUUGCAGCAUGGACUCCGCAGGGGAAAGAGAGGAAGGGUGGAUGGAAGACCAGUGGGAGAAAUGGGACUAAACAGGGCAAUUGAUGCUUUGGCAGGACAAAUCCCUCUUUCCCGAUUGGUGUGGAGGUUGACCCAUGACAUCAGCCUGAAUGAGUUUGAAGAUGACGACUUGUCUGAGAUCACUGAGAUCACAGAUGAGUGUGGGAUGAGUCUCAACUACAUGGGCCUAGAGAUUAAGGGCUGUGUGAGGCAGGGGACCAAUAGUGGGGUGGGGAAGGAGGAGCUGGGUGCUGUCGGCCAGCUCCAGGCCGAGAUACUCCAUUUGGAUCUGAUCGACGGGGCCGAUGGUUACCGCGAUGACAAGGAGUCAUCUAAGCCAUCUUCCACAGCACCCCUGCCAGUAACCGAGGACCACCCUCUAGUAACCAUGAAUAUAUACCGGCCAAAGAGACCCACGACCCUUAACCUUUUCCCCAUGGUGCCACGCACUCAGGACACAUUAAACAACAACUCAUUUGGUAAGAAGUACAGCUGGCAGGAGAAGGUCUCGCUCUCAUCCUCCCCCCUCAAAACAGGCGGGCUGAUCUCUCCCCAUGAGCACAGCUGUCUAAGUGACGAGGACAAGCUGCAGCACGGAGGUGGGACGCAGACCAAGGACCGCGGCACAUCCACUGACACUCCCUGCAGAUACAAACACACCUCUGGACACACCGAGAGCUCCACAGCGGGGACACGCUCCAAACUGCCGGAGAAGCCCCCAGCACCCCCGCCUCCCCAAAACUACACACUCGCACCUCUGGGCCCCCCAGGGACACACAGAGAGAAGAUCCGCUAUCACACAGAUGUACGCCUAGAACCCACCGAGGAGAUCUAUCUGACUCCAGUGCACCGUUCCGAGCAGGACCACCCAUUCCUGUCCCAGCAGCCAGAGCACGGACGCAUGUCAAUCAGCUCUGACAACGAGGGCCCGCCCCCUUACCAGCCUCUGCCCGACCGGACCAACCCUUCCAUUUGUGAGGAGGACGAGGUUUACAUGCCCCCUCCCUCCUACGCCUCCUAUGUGGAGGCUCUCUUCACCCCUCCCUCUACCGCCCCCCCCAUGGAACCCCCAGGCUUAGCCCUGAACCUCGGCCUGAGGGAAGGAGGAGCAGGGGCGAUGGUGAGAGCAGGGGCAGGGGUGGAGUAUGUAGAUGCCCAAGAUGAGACAUUUGGGGUAGAGGGUGAGGAUGAGAGGGUAAGGGUUGUGGGAGGCAGGCAGUAUUUGGGACGUGGUGGCUGUGGUGCCCCCACGAGUACUUUGAUGAGCUCGGAAGCGAGUGGUCUGUCUUACGACUCUGUGAAGUACACACUCGUUGUGGACGAGCAUGCGCAGCUCGAACUGGUAAGUCUGAGGCAGUGUUACCAAUGUUACAGCGACGACAGCAACUCUGCGACCGUCUACGACAACUGCGUCUCGUCUCCGUAUGAGUCGGCCAUAGGGGAGAAGUAUAAGGAGGAAGAGGAAGAAGAGAAAGAGGAUGAGGAGGAUGAGGAGGAGGAGGAGGAGAGAGUGAGAAGGGUGAGGAGAGAAGCCCCCGCCUGUCUGUCAGAGGACUCCACCCCGGAGGCGAACUUGCACUUCUCUAAGAAGUUCCUCAACAUCUUCAUGAACGGACGGUCACGAUCAUCCAGUGCAGAGCCGUUUGGUUUGUUCUCCUGCCUCAUAAAUGGGGAAGAGAGGGAACAGAGUCACAGAGCCGUCUACAGGUUUGUCCCUCGCCAUGAUGAUGAGCUGGAGUUGGAGGUGGAUGACCCUGUACUGGUGGAGAUACAAGCAGAGGAUUACUGGUACGAAGGCUAUAACAUGCGUACAGGCAUCUGCGGCAUCUUCCCUGCUUACUACGCCAUAGAGGUCGCCAAGGAGCCAGAGAGCUUCAAAGUGAAGAGCAGUGACUGGGUAGACAGGUACCACAUGAAAUUCCUGGGCUCGGUCCAAGUACCCUACCACAAAGGCAACGAUGUUCUGUGUGCAGCUAUGCAGAAGAUUGCCACCAAUAGGAGGAUGACAGUGCAGUAUAACCCACCUUCGUCUUGUAUCCUUGAGAUCAACGUGAAAGGCGUGAAGCUCCUAGUCCAGGAUGACUACUAUGCCUCUGACAAAAGUAACCAGUGCAGCCACUUCUUCCAGUUGAAGAAUGUUUCCUUCUGUGGAUAUCACCCUAAGAACAGCAAGUACUUUGGCUUCAUCACAAAACACCCAGCUGACCAGAGAUUUGCCUGUCAUGUGUUUGUGUCUGAAGAUUCUACUAAACCCCUGGCAGAGUCUGUUGGGAAAGCCUUCCAGUUGUACUAUAAGGAAUUUGUAGAUUGCUCCUGUCCGACAGAGGAUAUUUACCUGGAAUAGCACCCACCCCGCCUUCCACCACAACCCUGUACAUUACAGUGUAUCAUAACAUAAUGUUGCAUGACAGAGAAAACAAUUCUAACAAAUGUGAACUAAUAAAUUUGACAAAAAGAUGAAGGAGAGAGAGAAAGAA